AUGUACGCCCCCAGCACUUUUAUCACAUGGCGAAAACACUCCCGCCGCUCGGUAGAGGAACUCCUCAACGACUUUACCAAUCUUGUCAAUCGUGGUGUUUUGAGUAUCAUCAAUUUGAGUGUUAGCAAGGCUUCUUUUGUUGCUGUUGUGGAAUGUGAGAGGGAUUGGGAUGAGAUUGAAGAGGAUGUUCUGCAAGCGAUGAGAUAA